UAUGAAUAAAUCAAAUACAAAGAAUGUUAGAAAAUUGCUGUUCGUGGGUGAAAAGACGUCGUUAAUGAAGCAAGCCUUUGAUUUGGCCACUAAGUCGGAUAUAGAAUGCGUUUGGAUAACGAUUGAAGACGUUGAGGAUAACAAUUCUGUCUACGUAAUUGAAGAAAUAAUUUCCAACGCUUAUCAUCAAAAGAUACAUAAGGCGUCUAUGCUUGGACCUUGCUACGUCAUAAAAACUUGUUCGGAGCAAAAGACUCUACAAAUAGAAAGCCCAACCGUUAAAAUAUCGGCUUGUAUGACAAAUUGCGUAAUAGCUUUUACGUCCAUUCCCCAUAAACAAAGAGAAAAUUAUAGGCAAAAAAUUGCUUUGAUGAACGGUCAAGUCAGUAAUGAUUUUCAUGAAGAUAUCACUCAUCUUAUUGCUGCAGAAUCCGGUUCGAGAAAGUUUAUUGUCGCUUCUCAUCUACGUAAGCCUAUUGUGAGAUUUGAAUGGUUAGACAAUAUCUGGACAGAUUGUCGUUCAAAACCUUUGCUAUCCUUAAAAGAUUACGAAAUGUAUACUUGUCCCUUGUUUAAAGGUUUAACUAUUUGCGUAUCAGGAUUGUCCACCCAGGCUCGAGCUGUUGUUAAAGAGCGAGUAGAAGAGUUGGGAGGUAAUUUUUCUGGUUCUAUGAAUCAAAUGUCGUGUACGCAUCUAAUAGUCGAUAAGCCAGAGGGUCAGAAAUACGAAUAUGCUAAAAAAUGGCGCAUUCAUACCGUUAGUCUGCAAUGGUUAAACGAUUGCUAUGAAAAGAAGGAGGCUAGAGACGAAUUCCAAUAUCAAAUAAAAACAACAGCGAGCCCAGUUCAAAAAACUUCAACUCCUAAUGCUUCUAUGGCAGGACUACCUCCUCCAGAAGUCAGUCUACUGUCAAAUGUGUCAAAUUUAGAGGAGACAAUACUAGAUUCUGGUAAUUACAUGGAUGGCUGUCAAGUUCUACUGAGGGGUUUCAAUCAAGAUGAUUUGAACAAGUUGAAAAAGCUUGUAAGCCUUUGCGGUGCUAUAAAUACGAACACUUUAAAUGAUUCUGUUACUCACGUAGUCGUUAGCGACCAUCGACAAGAGGGAAUUGAUGAUAUACAACAAACAAACAAUCUAACGAUUGUCUCUGAAAAAUGGUUAAUCGAUUGUGCUAAGCAAAGGAAAAAGCUUGAUACCUCCAAUUAUGAAAUUAAUAGUCACAGUCGUAUCAAUACUAUUUAUGAUAACAGUAUAAAUCAAAGCGGAGCUACGUCUAAUAGACCUAGUUCUCAAAAUCACCAUCCAGUUAGUUUUAUGGGUAAUAGUACAUUAGAAAAGGUUGCAGCAAUAUUAGAACAAUUUGAUCCACCCCCCAUCAAUACUUCUACAUCAGCUAUUACACCAGCAUUUUCACCAUCUCCACAAUCAGUAUCGCCAUCUCUUAAUCCUCCUUCGUCUGUUACUGCUCGUUCUUCCCUCCCCAAAGACGGUAAUAAUGAAACAAUAUUAACAACUCGCUCGUCUAAUAACGGCGAAAAUAGUCAAUCGUUAACAGUAUUAACAAGUGAAGAAUCGACUACUUUUGACGGUUUAGAAGAGUCAACAGCCAGGAAAUUAUUUUCCAAUCUCACUUUUAGAAUUCAUAAAAAUGUCGAAGAUUGUGACUCCUUAAAGACUAUUCUCGAGGAGAAUGGAGCCACUAUAAAAGAGGAAAAGCCCGAUUACUACGUUGUACCCAUAAACGAGUGUAUAUUAUCGCGUAAUAAAACUGAAGUCAUCACUGACGCAUGGAUUUGGUUAUGUCUAGAAAAGGAUUACAUUGUAAAAUUGACAUUUAUAUGUAGGCCAUUACCAGCUAUUCAAGGAGAACCUCUCACAGACUGCGUUAUCUGUCUUUCUGGAUUUCAGGGAGUGGAAAGGGAAGUUUUAAUCGAAAUAGCUAAAUCUUUAGGCGCUACUGUUCAAGAUCAGUUAUGCAGAAAAGAUCAAAAACAACUAAAAGCUUCCACUCAUCUAAUUCUCAAGGAAGCCUCCGGUAAUAAAUUUGAAGCAGCUCGUCGUUGGAGGAAAUUUGCGAUCAGAUCAACCUGGCUUAGGGCUUGCCUGAUGACUCAAUCAAAGGUAGACGAAACGGAUUAUGACGUAGAAUUGCCCGAAGAAGAGUUAGAAGAGGAGACUGUAGAAGAAACUCAACAACAAAACACGGAACAGAUAAGCACACGACACUCCGAAGAACUUGUUGAAGAUACACAAGAGACAGUAGACGAAACUGAAACUAGUAGAAAACUUGAUGAAAGCCGACAAGAAGUAUCUGAAACAUUUUCCCCUCGGCCAGAUUAUAUCGACUCGCCAUCAGUCUUUCUCAAUCCCGAUAAACCAUUUAAGCCUAGAUUGCGUCUAAAUAGUCAAUUACUUAAAAGUACACCUAUCGAACGUAAAAGGCCUAAAUUUAAUUUCAACUUUGCUGAUGAAUGCUCUAAAAGUGUUGGAUUGGCUUUACAAAAUUCGAAAGACAGAGCCUCACCGAGGGGUCUAACUCCGGCCGUAAAACGCUUAAGAAUAACCCCUUUAGGAGGUGUCGUUAUAGGCGUGUCGACUAAACUAGCCGAUCAGCAGAGGAGACUAAAUGAAAUAGCAGAACGAUUGGGCGCAGAAUAUCGUUGGAACUUGGAAGAUGGUAGCAUAACCCACUUGAUAAGUGACAGAUUAUCCAGAAGUGAAUUGGAAGAAUCAAUAAAUAUGGGACGAAAAGUUGUCAGUGCUAAAUGGAUAGAGAAUUGUUUGGAAGAGAAUAGGCAUUUGGAGGAAGAGGAUUUUCUACCAAAAAUGAUCAGAGAGAGCAGUGCCGAAGACGAAAAAAUCGAGUCUGAUAUUCAAGCCUUAAUGGAGUUGGACGAUAAUCGCGUACAGCACGAAAUUCCACUUAAGAAAUCGUUUUGUGGAUUAGCAUCAUUCCAUCAAACUCAACAAAUUGCCUCUCAGCCACAAAAAGGAGAUGUUCGCUGGGAAGACAAUUCUAUAUGCUAUGAGAGGAGUGAUGAUAGUGGUGAUACAACGGAAGAAAGGCGAUUCAUUUUAUCAGGUUUUACUGAUGGCAAAAAGAAGGAAAUUAUAGAUUUAAUUAUGGGUAUGGACAAUGCUCAAGUUAUCCAAAGUAACGGUUUCGAUUCAAGUUGCACUCAUAUGAUUGUUGCUUCGAUGACUAGAAACGAAAAGAUUCUUUCAGCAAUUUCAACAGGCAAAUGGAUACUUAGAUUAGAUUAUAUACUCGACAGUUGCAAUCGUAAUGAAUGGCUAGAAGAAGAAUCGUACGAAUGGGCGGAAAAUUUAGCAGAAAUUUCAACAGUAACUUCAAAAUUAUCAAUUGCCAGUAGAAAUUGGAGAACGAGAAUAAAGAAUGGCGAAAAUUUACCAUAUCAGGGAUGGAACGUUGGCCUGUUUAUUAGUAAUGACAAGGUUGAUGGAUUUAGGAAAAUAUUAACAUCAGGUGGCGCUCAAAUAGCAUGGAUGAAUAAAGCUAAUGGAAGAGUAACCCAUUGCUUUGUCGAUACUUCGUUACUUAAAUUUCGCAAAAGAAUUUUAAAGAAUGUUGAAGCCGACUAUAUAUUAAAGUCAGAUUAUAUGGUUUCUUUUCUUAUGGGAAAUGCUGACUCUGCAGCUCACGAAAUUACCUUUUAA